ACUUUCCCACCGAAGAAGCGGGACCCCGAAGACAAGACAGACAGGCGGACAGGCAGUCCCGUGAAAACGGCAUCGCAUCGCAUCUACGGAAAAUGAAAGAUCAAAGACAAAAGCAAAGAAUACGUUGGCGUCAGGUGUGUUUCCCUCCGGUUAGCCGUUUUCUUUAUCUUCUCUCUCACUGAAAGCAUUGAUGCCUUUGCCUUUCUCCUCUGUUUUAUACACUUCUCUUUCACUGUACUUCUGAAAGGAAAACAAAACCAGAGGCACCAUCAUUAGGUACGGCGGAGAAACUGAAAAAAAGGAUUACGGAGGAGCAGCAGAGACAGACAGACAGACAGACAGACAGACAGAGAGUAAGAGAGUUGUGGAUUCAAUGGGAUCGUCCUCCGGGCAAAGCGGUGGGAGCUACGAUCUCUCCUUUAAGAUCUUGUUGAUCGGUGAUUCUGGUGUUGGCAAAAGUUGUCUUCUCCUUAGCUUCAUUUCCAGCUCCGUUGAAGAUCUAGCCCCUACCAUUGGUGUGGAUUUUAAGAUCAAGCUGCUAACAGUAGGUGGAAAGAGAUUGAAGCUCACAAUUUGGGAUACUGCUGGACAGGAGAGGUUCAGGACAUUAACAAACUCUUACUAUAGAGGUGCCCAGGGGAUCAUUCUUGUUUAUGAUGUGACACGGAGAGAAACCUUUACAAACUUGUGUGAUGUGUGGGCUAAAGAAGUGGAGCUCUAUUCUACCAAUAAGGACUGUGUCAAGAUGCUUGUUGGAAAUAAAGUCGAUAGAGAGUCUGAGAGAGUUGUUAGCAGAGAAGAAGGAAUGGCCCUUGCCAAAGAACUUGGGUGUUUGUUUGUUGAAUGUAGUGCUAAAACUAGAGAAAACGUGGAACAAUGCUUUGAGGAGCUUGCGUUGAAGAUAAUGGAGGUCCCUAGUCUUUUGGAAGAAGGAUCUAACCUAAAGAGGAACAUUUUAAAGCAGAAAACAGAAAAUCAGGCUCCUCCUAGAGGCGGUUGCUGCUCUUAACAUGGCACAAAAUAGAGGCCACGCCAAGAAAGUACAACUUACAUAUCAACGUCAUGCCUGUGCGUGCUGGUGGCGCAGGCUUUCAGCAUCAACAGGAUGUGAACAAAUUGUGUACAUGAAAAUUUCUUUUAAUAUUUCUAUUUUCUCCUUUGAGAUGCCAUUUGUACCCUCAUAAGACUGCAAUAAGAUCUAUUAGCUUGUGUAAAUCUGUUUGUAUUGGUAAAUUAUUGUCUGUGUUAGAAAACAAUAUUGCUUUCAUUGAUUUAAUCUGAGUUU